CAGGGUAUAUAUCCCUGCGGUGUGUUUUACAGCCCAGCGUUUGACAGCUGAGUCGAGGGAGGACACAGAAUAAUGGAAGAGAACAGCGUCAAGCUAAAAAAACUAAGCCAAAACAGUGGAAAUGGCAUCGACAACCAGGCUUUUGAAGUUGGGGAGGAGAACACUUUUGACAGUAACAGCUUCAAAAGUCAUCCUGUAAAGGCUAAAAAGAAAUUGGGCUCACACCUCAGUAAGGUUUUCAAGCCAAUAAAUGCUACAGAGCGUUACAUCAAGGAUCACUCAAAAAUCUUCAAGUACAUUGUGCUGGGAAUACUCGGAGCAGGUUAUGUGGCAUACUUUAUUGCUGCCUGUGUACUGAAUUUUAAGAGAGCCACCGCUCUUGUAGUCCUAACCUGUGUGGCAGUUGUCGCCGUAUCAUACGAGCUUGUGAAGAAGCACCAGGGGAAACGCAUCAGUCGGUGGUUCAAACCCGCAGUUCGAUGCUUUAAAUCCAACCUGAAAUGGCUAAAAUGGGUUUUCAUCCUAGCAGUUGUAGCCCUGCUUGUGGUGUGGCUUGUUUUAGACACAAGCAAACGUCCCGAGCAGUUUAUCUCAUUCGGAGGUGUGUGCAUGUUUAUCGUGCUUUUAUUCCUCUUCUCAGCUCACAGGACAAUGGUCUCAUGGAGGACAGUGUUUUGGGGUCUGGGACUGGAGUUCUGUAUUGGACUGUUUAUUAUAAGAACACAACCAGGUCUUAUAGCCUUCGACUGGCUUGGGAGACAAGUGCAGAUAUUCCUUAACUACACCAAAAAAGGGUCAUUCUUUGUUUUCGGUAACCUGAUUGAAGACAUUUUUGCCUUUCAAGCAUUGCCCAUCGUUGUGUUCUUCAGUAGCAUUAUGUCUAUCCUUUACUUCCUGGGUGUGAUGCAGUGGCUCAUUCUAAAGAUCUCAUGGGUAAUGCAGAUAACAAUGGGAACAUCGGCCACUGAAACCUUAAGCGUGGCAGGCAACAUAUUCGUUGGGCAGACUGAAGCCCCGCUACUGAUUCGCCCGUAUUUGAAGGACAUGACCAAAUCAGAGAUCCAUGCUGUUAUGACUGGUGGAUUUGCCACUAUAGCAGGCAGCGUCAUGGGGGCGUUCAUCUCAUUUGGGAUUGAUGCAUCUUCCUUGAUAUCAGCCUCUGUGAUGGCUGCUCCAUGUGCUCUGGCUAUAUCUAAGCUGUCUUAUCCCGAGACAGAAGAGAGUCAUUUUAAUUCAGACAAGAAUAUCAAAGUGGCUGCUGGUGAUGAGCAAAACAUUUUGGAGGCUGCUAGCAGCGGUGCAUCUGCAUCCAUAGGUCUUGUUGCUAACAUUGCUGCUAAUCUGAUAGCAUUUCUUGCUAUCCUGGGCUUCAUAAAUAGCGCUCUGAGCUGGCUUGGAGGUAUGGUGGGAUAUUCUCAUCUCACUUUUGAGUUAAUUUGUUCAUAUGUGUUCAUGCCCAUCACCUUCAUGAUGGGAAUACCAUAUGACGAGAGUUUCACUGUGGCUGAGCUCAUUGGUAAAAAGAUUUUCCUCAAUGAGUUUGUCGCUUAUGAGGCUCUUUCUGCAAUGAAGAGUAAAAGACUGAAUGGACUUGAUGAAGUGAUUGGAGGUCAAAGACAGUGGAUAUCUGUCCGAUCAGAAAUAAUUACAACUUAUGCCCUCUGUGGGUUUGCCAACUUCAGCUCACUUGGCAUUAUGAUUGGAGGCCUGUCUUCCAUAUGCCCAUCAAGAAGGAGUGACGUCUCAUCUCUGGUGCUGAGAGCCAUGAUCACUGGGACUUGUGUGUCUCUAGUCAAUGCUUGCAUUGCUGGACUCCUCUUCGUUCCUCCACUUGACUGCGUGCUGAUAUUUAAAGGAUCCACCUUCAAUGCAACUGAUGAAAGUAUUCAAAAAUGCUGCCAAGACUUAUUUCAAAGCACCUAUAACAAUGGGACAAACAAUGGGUUUGAAGAACCAUGGAAUAAUGUUCAAAACAUUACUUUAUUUUUCUCAAAAUGUUGCCAGUGUUGUGGCCUUUCUGAUGUACCAGUUUGUAUGUAGACAUGACCAGUGCAAAGCAAAAAGCAAUCCUCAUGAGGUUUGCACUUACAGCCAUUCAAAGCUGCUAAACCUCUUCUAACAUAAUACAUGGCUGAGUCGUAG